AUGUCUUGGACCCACAGGGAUGAAGAAGGAAGGGGAAGAAGAAGGAAGAAGAAAGAAAAGGGAAGAAUAGGAAAGAAGAAGAGGAAGAGGGGGAGAAAGAAGAAGGGGAAGAAGGGGAAGAAGAGGAAGAAGAGGAAGAAGGGGAAGAAGAGGAAGGAGAGGAAGAAGGGGAAGAAGGGGAAGAAGAGGAAGAAGGGGAAGAAGAGGAAGAAGGGGAAGAGGAAGAACGUUGAAGAGUGCCAAAAUCUGGUGGUGGUGGAGGAGGAAGAGGUGGUGGAGGAGGAAGAGGAAGAGGUGGUGGAGGAGGAAGAGGAAGAGGUGGUGGAGGAGGAAGAGGAAGAGGAGGUGGAGGAGGAAGAGGAAGAAGAAGAGGAGGUGGAAGAGGUGGAGGAGGAAGAGGAGGUCCAGCCAAGCGGACAGCGGACCAAGAUGUCACGGGCAGCGGACAGACUCAAACAUUUAAUCGGACAUCUAGACCGUCCUUCUGUGGACAUCAGAACUUCACCUGCUGCUUCUCUAGCCUCCACCUUGCCUUUGAAUUUCAGAUACUCUCUGGACAACAGUCUGCUGACUCCAGAGCAGAGACGGUUCUAUGAAGAAAAUGGCUUCCUUCUCAUCAAGAAUUUAGUGUCACAUGAGGACAUUGACAGAUUCAGACAGGAGUUUGAGCGAAUCUGUCGUCGGGAGGUGGACGUUCCCGGCCUGGUGGUAAUGAGGGACGUAGCCAUUGCAAAAUCUGAGUUUGUCUCAGAUCAACGAGCUGUGUCCAAACUGCAGGAUUUUCAAGAGGACCCGGAACUCUUCCGAUUCUGUGCCUUGCCCCAGGUCCUGGAGUAUGUGGAGUGUUUCACUGGACCCAACAUUAUGGCCAUGCACACCAUGUUGAUCAACAAACCUCCAGAUGCAGGAAAGAAGACCUCUCGUCACCCAAUGCACCAGGACCUACAUUACUUCCCAUUCAGACCUGCACACCGGAUCGUCUGUGCCUGGACCGCCAUGGAGACUGUGAACAGACAGAACGGCUGCCUGGUGGUCCUACCUGGGACCCACACUGGCACUCUGAAGGAGCAUGACUAUCCUGAAUGGGAGGGUGGUGUGAAUAAGAUGUACCAUGGAGUGAGGGACUUUGACCCAGCACAUCCCAGAGUGCACCUGGAGAUGCAGAAAGGGGACACCGUGUUCUUCCACCCGCUGCUCAUCCACGGGUCGGGCAUGAACCAGACAAAAGGAUUCCGCAAGGCAAUCUCCUGUCACUACGCUGCUGCUGAGUGCUACUACAUUGACGUUAAAGGCACCACACAAGAGAAUAUUGAGAAGGAAGUGAAAGAACUGGCGCAUAAGAGAUACAAUUUGGACCAUAUCAGCUUCCAGGACACAUGGGCUUUCAGAGGAAGACUUGUGAAAGGAGACAGAAUUUCCUUGUGA